GCCGCGCCGGCAGGGGUCGCGGGUGCCGCCGCCCCGGCGGGAGCCGCUCUGGCGCCGCUUCCGGGGGCGGCGCGGGCUGCGCCAUGGCGGCGCGCGUCAGGAGGGCCGUGUACCCGCUGUUCCAGCCCGGCGGCCCGCAGCUGCGGCUGUUCCGGCCCGACUUCUUCAUGGCGGCGGUGCGGCCCGGGGUGCCGCAGCCGGCGGAUACGGCGCAGUUCCGCGUCUCCAUGGAAAUGACAAAAGUGGAUAUCAAGAAUUACCUUGAAAAAAUAUACAAUGUGCCAGUAGUGGCAGUGAGGACCAGGAUACAAUAUGGUGCACACAACAGAAGGAAUCACAAGAACCAGAGAGUGAAGAAGCCGGAUUACAAGGUUGCCUAUGUACAGCUGGGCCAAGGACAAACCUUUCAGUUUCCCAACCUAUUUCCAGAAAAAGAACAAACCCCAGAAGCUCGGUCUUUUGAUGACUUCAAGAAUAAAUAUCUCGAGAAAGAGAAGCAGAGGCAGAGAGGUGACCCCAGACGAGGCGGAGUCCCUGAUUGGUUUGGACUUUGAUGCAACAAGCUGGCUGCCUUUUUUUAGGCUCAGAGGGAUUUUAAUCAGCAGAACUGGCACUCUGCUCUUCUUGUAAUGACCAAGGGUUUAUUUUUGAGCAGCCCUUGUUAGCAUGUCUUUUUACCUGGCUGUUUGUGCACGACUACAACAAAAUGGCCCAAAAGAAAUAAAAAGGUAAAAUAAAUCUGACUGCAUCAGA